UUAUCCUAAAAACUGCGAAACUUUUGUCAGCGUCUCUGAGGCUACUGUUUCCAGCCCUAGUAAAGGCAGAUGGCAUCCUACCCCUAAAGCCGGCAUCUUCUGCUCCCUAUACACAUCCCCAGGCCUUGACCAGACCUUUGUCUGUGGAGAAGGUGAUGACCUCACUAUUUACGGAGUUGUAAUGCAACGGUGGAAGCCUUUUCAGCAAGAUGUGCGCUGUGAAGUGGAGAUAGUCCUGAAAGCCAAUUAUGUCCAAGUAAAUAAUGAGCAGUCUGCAGGGAUCAUCAUGGAUGAGGAGGUCCAAAAGGAAUUUGAAGAUUUUUGGGAGUCCUAUAAGAGUGAUCCCUUUGCAGGAAGGAAUGAAAUAUUGGCCAGCUUGUGCCCUCAAGUUUUUGGGAUGUAUCUAGUAAAGCUUGCUGUGGCCAUGGUGCUGGCUGGUGGGAUUCAAAGGACUGAUGCUACAGGAACACGGGUCAGAGGUGAAUCUCAUCUUUUAUUGGUUGGGGAUCCUGGCACAGGGAAAUCUCAAUUCCUCAAGUAUGCAGCAAAGAUUACACCACGCUCUGUGCUCACCACAGGAAUUGGAUCUACUAGUGCAGGUCUGACGGUAACUGCUGUGAAAGACUCAGGAGAAUGGAAUUUGGAGGCUGGCGCAUUAGUACUUGCAGAUGCGGGCCUUUGCUGUAUCGAUGAGUUUAACAGCCUCAAAGAGCAUGAUAGAACCAGUAUCCACGAGGCAAUGGAGCAACAAACCAUAAGUGUUGCUAAGGCUGGCCUCGUGUGCAAGCUGAACACAAGGACCACCAUCCUGGCAGCAACUAACCCCAAAGGCCAGUAUGACCCCCAUGAGUCCGUGUCUGUGAACAUCGCCCUCGGCAGCCCCCUCUUAAGUCGAUUUGAUCUGAUCCUGGUUUUGCUUGAUACCAAGAAUGAAGACUGGGAUCGUAUAAUUUCCUCCUUUAUCUUAGAAAACAAAGGUUACCCAAGCAAAUCAAAGAAGCUCUGGAGCAUGGAAAAGAUGAAAACCUACUUCUGCCUGAUUAGGAAUCUACAGCCCAGGCUGUCCGAUGUGGGUAAUCAAGUCCUUCUCCGGUACUACCAGAUGCAGAGGCAGAGUGACUCCCGGAACGCUGCCCGGACCAGCAUCCGCCUGUUGGAAAGCUUGAUCCGAUUAGCAGAAGCUCAUGCCCGCCUGAUGUUUCGUGACACUGUGACUCUGGAAGACGCUGUUACAGCCGUGUCAGUAAUGGAAUCCUCGAUGCAGGGUGGUGCACUGCUGGGAGGGGUGAAUGCGCUCCACACUUCCUUUCCUGAAAACCCCCUGAAGCAGUACCAGAGGCAGUGCGAACUUAUUCUGGAAAAGCUAGAGCUGCACAACCUCUUGAGUGAAGAGCUAAGAAGACUUGAAAGGUUACAGAAUCAGAGUGCGCACCAAUCCCAGCCACAGGCAGUGGAGGCAGAGACUAACCCAGGAUCCUCCAAAAAUGACCCAGGAGAAGCAUCAAAGUCCAGAAUCUGGUCAGCACAGCAGGAAGUGAACUGUAGCAUGCUGACCUCCUCUCCUGGAUGCAGUCCCAAGGGAAGCCCACUUCCCGAUCCCCUAUCCCAUGGGGGGCCUAAUAGACCAACAAAUAGAAAAUAUUCCACUGAGCACAAAAAUAGCAAAGAUGACAGUUUGGGCUGGUUUGACUCCAUAGCAACUCAUCAGCUUGAACCUCAAAACACUGUGCCUGUAUUUCCCAAAACAACUGGGGGGAAAAUGGCUUUGCAAAACUUCAAGAACAAAUCUCAGGGUAAGGUAAAGGGUGAGCCAGGCCAAAGGAGCAGAUUGGAAACUGGACAACUUCCAGCACCAGGAGAGACAGAAGCUCCAUCGAGGCCAGACCAUGUUGAAGGGAAAGAGGCAAAAAGGGCAGCAAUCGUUUCUGAAGUAGCAGGAUCUGCUGGUGAACCGGACUCAGUACUGACUCAUCACGUCCCCAGGAAGCUGCACCAGCUGCGCAAGGCCGGUGCGCAGGAGUUGUGCAGGAGCCCCACCACGGUGCCUUUACAGCCCACAGGCCCUCCUCAGCCUCGGUCCAGUCCUGCCCCUGGCCCUGAAGGAACACUGGAAACUCCCAAAAGAAAGAGACAAAAAUCCCUUGCUCAGAUGGAAGAGCCUGAGCUUGAAAGUGUUGAGAGUCCAGGUCCCCCCCUGGCCAAACUGGCAAAAUUUACUUUCAAACAGAAGUCAAAACUGACCCACUCCCCUGAAGACCACAGUGCUGUGUCUCCUGGCACAACUGAAGGAGCAGUUCCAAGUCCCAGAACUCACCAGAGAGCAAGAAGAGAAGCAGCUCUGCCUGGGAAGGGGCCACAAAAGUUGGCUUCUACCUCAGGAAGCAGAAACUCAAAUCAGCCACAGGGUAAGGCAAAGGAAGUGUCCCGGCAGGCACCGGAGGAAGACAGAUCAAGAGAGAAAAGCAAACACGGCCCUGAAGGAAGAGUUACCCAGCCUGAAUUUGAGCUUGGGAACCAGACUGGGCAUUCUCCUCUUACUUGUCAAAGAGACAGAAAGGAAGAGGUCUCAUGCAAUAAUAAGAGCAGCAAGGUUCAUGCUUGCACAUUAGCCAAAUUGGCCAACUUCUCCUUUACUUCCUCCUCUGAAUCCAAAUCAGAAUCCCCUCCUCCUCCUGAAAGUGAGAACCGGGGGGCGAGAGGCCCCAGCCUUCCUCCUGGGGCCACAGCUAUAGUGCUUGGCAGGAAAAGGAAAACUUUUCAGCUGGAGGGGUCCACUGAGAGAUUGCUUCUUUCCAAAAACUCUCUCUUUACUUUAUCAGAACUAGAUGACGAAGCAUUAGAUUUUGAUUGGGAUGAAGAAAUGAGAAAAAAGCCAUAAUCAUGAAAAGCUUUCUAGUCACAUUUCAGCCUCCCCAGCUCCACACAGCACCUUCGGGAUAUCGACAUGUGUCCGUAUGUGUACAGAACUAUUGGCCAUAUUGAGUACCAUUCUGAAUACCAGCUCUCCCGACAGGUUUUAUAAUUUCAGGUUUAUCUUCAUGACUUGCGAAGUUGUAUAAUCAAUGCCGGGCAGUGUGAUACAGCAUUUGAAGUAAUUGACAUUGUGCUUAAUUUUGCAGAUGGAAUACUUGUAUUCCCAAGAUGUUUCUGUUUGUUUUGGUUUCGUUUUUUAGUUGGUUUUGUUCCCUCUCUCUCUUUCUCUCUUUUUUUUAAUUGGGGGUUGGGUCUUCCUAAGAUUGCUUCUCCCAUUCACUCAGGAGCAAAUGCCAGGAAGGUAGCCCUCAUAAAGCUAACAAGUUAGAUGAACUCUUUUCUGUUGGUUUUUUUUUUCCUAUUUUUUUCCUUCACCCAAGAUGUGCGAAGUGUGAAUAUUUAUUAUUUGCCAAAAUCAUGUGAUUUUUCUAAUAUUAUCUCUGUGUUUAUUCUCAUGUGUCAGAUUAGAUGUGACUAAUGCUUUUCCUUCUUUGAAGAGGCAUCCUUACAGUUCCGUGGUAUUCCUAAGGAUCUGGCAGCUGGUCAAACUGUAGCUUUCGGAGGUAUUGACCUUUUGAGUUUUCCGUUUGCUUGAGCUAACAUGUUGUGCUUCAGAUUCUUUGUUCCUUUGGGAGACCUACCCUCAACAUAACUUAAAGCCUGUAGUUAGAAGGAGAAUGUGCAGUAAUCUCAAUCAUACAUCAUGGCAUCUACCCAAGUGGUUAAUAUGGAAAUGUGAUUCCUACUAAGUUAUGAUUCAUUUGUCCUUCAAAACCAAGCAAAUGAUGACUGUUUGGUAGAAAUAGACAACUCAAGCUUUGUCUUAAGUCCUUUUAAAAUCACUUCCUCCUUUGGAUUCUAGCAGGGGCUGUUAGGAUUCCAUAAUUACAGACUCUUUUGAAAUAUGAAUUUUUUUUAAGAUUUUUUAAAUUUAUUUUGACGGAGAGAGACAAUGAGAGAGGGAACACAA